AGGUCGAUGAAUAAUGAUGGGCCAUUUAUUGAAAUUUACUCCAAGUCAAGGAUUGUAGCAAGAACGAACUUCUCGUUAUGGCAAAUCUAAGAAAACAUAACGCAUCCAUGGCGAGAGAUUUUUUAGGAAAUCAAAACGGGAUUCGUAUCGUCUUCAGAAAAUUCUGGUGGGUGUGAUCUCGCUGCCUUUUCAAUUUUUGGGGUUCAUGUCAUUGUUGAUCAAACACCAAUGAUUUAUACAAAGCGAAUAUGGAUUUCACAUUUCAUCACUCAAACGUAAUCCAUUUUCUGAAACCCCCCAAAUUAACCUCUCCACUUUGAAUCUGUCCUAUUAACGAAUUUCCCACAUUCGCAAUCCAUGCGACGUGUAUAAUUGAUCGAUUCUGUGUUGCCUUUUUGCUGUUUGAUAAAAGGUCUCAAAGAAAAAGGGUAAAAGCAAGGAGAAACUAGGGAUGCGGGCUUCUGUAAUGGCCAGAAGACCGGCAACUUGGACAUUUUCCGGCAUUGUUGUCGCCGUGCUGUUGCAGGGAGUGGUUGUUCUGUGUAAGGCUCCGGCGACUCUUAAACUGGAAAGAGCUUUUCCGCACAAUCAACGGAUGGAAUUGAGCAAACUUAGAGAUAGAGAUAAUCUAAGGCACAGUAGAUUCUUGAAGCAGCAAUUAUCGUCUUCUACAAAAGAUGUUAUUGACUUCCCACUUCAGGGCACUUUUGAUCCUUAUCGUGUUGGGCUUUAUUAUACAAAAGUGCAAUUGGGUUCACCUCCAAAGGAAUACUAUGUACAAGUGGACACGGGAAGUGAUGUGUUGUGGGUCAGUUGUAAAGACUGUAAAGGUUGCCCUACAUCUAGUGGACUCAAAGUUCCAAUUGAGUUUUAUGAUCAUGAAGGCUCGAAAACAUCUUCUUUGGUCAAAUGUUCAGAUGAUAUGUGUCUUGUAGGAAUGAAAUUUGGUGAUGCAGAUUGUUCACAUACAAGCACCCGUUGCAUUUACAAAUUUAAAUAUGGAGAUGGAAGUGCAACAGCGGGUUAUUAUGCGUCUGAUUUAAUUCAUUUAGAAAUGAUGUCAGAUGAGUCAAACCCUUCAUCAAAUGCUUCAUCCAAAGUGAUAUUUGGUUGUAGCACAUCUCAAUCUGGGGAGUUAUCCGAACCCGAGAGAGCGGUCAACGGGAUCUUUGGUUUUGGUCAGCAGGGUUUAUCCGUAAUUUCACAACUUGCUUCAAAAGGGGCAGCUCCAGAUGCAUUCUCCCAUUGUCUUGAUGGUGGUGGUGAUGGUGGUGGCAUUCUAGUUCUUGGUCAAAUAAUGAAUCCAAAAAUGGUCUAUUCACCACUCAUUCCAUCACAGCCACAUUAUAAUCUACAUAUGACUAGUAUUUCAGUCAAUGACAAAACAUUGCCAGUUGAUCCAUCAGCUUUUGAAAUAUCAGAACAUCGAAAAGGAACCAUAAUUGAUUCUGGAACAACACUUGGAUACCUGACAGAAGAGGCCUACAAUCCUUUUGUGGAUGCUAUUACAAAGUUUGUUCCUCAAUCUGUAAAAGCUUUUGAUGCAAAGGGAUACCAGUGUUAUCUAACUAACGAUAGUGUCUCUGAGAUCUUUCCAACUGUGAGCUUCAAUUUUGAGGGUGAUGCUUCGAUGAAUUUAAAACCAGAUAAUUACCUUUUGGAACAAAACACUGUGGAUGGUGGAUUGGCAUGGUGUAUAGGGUUUCAGAAGGUUAAGGGUCAAGGACUUACGAUUUUAGGAGACAUUGUUUUGAAAGACAAGGCUAUCGUUUAUGACUUGGGUGCUCAACGAAUUGGAUGGGUAGACCACGAUUGUAGAACACCUGUUAACGUGUCUGCUACAUCAAGUGGUCGCAGAAGAAUCUCAAGUAGCAGCAGUUCACUGCAGCACAAACCUUAUCAACUGACCCUCAUCAUGAUUCUUGCUUACAUGCUACAUUUAUUGGUAUUUUAUUGUUUCUCAUCAUAACAUCUUAGUUUUCUAGAAGUAAAUAUUUUUGUUUGUGUAAUAU